UCAGGAGCCGCUAGGCGGCAGCAGCACGUCGUAGUUGUGCAUAUAACCGCGAAGAAGCAGCGCUCGUAACCAAAACAAACACAAACUUGCCAGCGAGUAUGCUCAAAAGAAGACGGAAUUCACUACCGUCGCAUUGGGAACGAGGGUAAAUGACAGACAACAACUUAAACACACAUUCCAGGGAGACUUUUGAAUGUCCGUCGCGGUGUGUCGAUGCUUAGAAGUGGCAUUUCUGUGGCUGCUUCGGUCUGCUUUUGCGAGCUGUUGAGCUUCCCCGGCUAGAGAAAGUUGCUUCAACAUGGCCAUAUUUGGAUCUUUCCGAGCCGGCGAGAUGUAAACAAUAUUCUCUAAAUCGACCUCUUUUCGACAUGUCUUCGGAGCCGAACGUUGCCAUAGUGACGGAGGACAAAACCUACGCGGUGAGCAAGAGGAAGCUGAUCGAGAAGAGCGACUACUUCCGCGCUCUGUACAACUCGGGGAUGAGGGAGUCCACGGAGGACUCGGUGCAGCUGCAGGGCCUCAGCGCCCCCGGCCUGGAGCUGGUGCUGGAGUUCAUCGACACCUCCAAAGUGGAGCUCGCCAACGAGACCCUGGAGGACCUGAUCGAGGCCGCCUCCUUCCUGCAGGUCACCUCCAUCCUCAAGCCGCUGACGGCCGAGAUCCGGCCGGACAACUGCGUGGAGCUCUACGGCUUGGCGGAAGUCUACGGAACCCACGAGUUGAGUGCCGCCUGCCUAAAGUUCAUGAGCUGCUACUACCAUCCCAUGAUGAGGCGACCCGAGUUCUACCGCCUUCCCGCCGCCGUAAGGGAGCGGGCGAGGGAGACGCGGAUGAACGGCGCCGCCGCCCUGGUGAUCAUCAGGGCCUCGGGCGGCCCGGACGCGCCCGAUCGGGACCAGGCCUGGUCUAUGCUGAGAUACGGCGAGGCCGAUCAGCGCUGGAAGCCUCUGGCCAACAACCUGCCGGCCGACCUGAUCAACGUGCGGGGGUACGGCUCGGCCGUGCUGGACAACUACCUCUUCGUGGUCGGGGGCUGGCGCGCCAGCAGCCAGGAGAUCUCGGCCGCGCAUUGCUACAACCCUUGCGGGAACGAGUGGAUCCAGGUGGCGCCGCUCAACCAGAAAAGGUCCAACUUCAAGCUUCUGGCCGCGCAGGGGAAGCUGUACGCCGUGGGGGGCCAGUGUCUCGGUACGGUGGAGUGCUACAGCCCCGAGAACGACUUCUGGACCUGCGUGUCCUCCAUGCCCGACCCGUUGGUGGAGUUCUCGGCCUGCGAGUGCCAGGGGAUGAUCUACGUCAUGGGGGGUUACACGGCGAGAGCUCGAAACACCGACCUCCUGCGCUACUGCCCCGCGGCCGACGCCUGGACGGCAUUCCGCCCGUGCGUGCCGCACGUGCGCAAGCAGCAGAUGCUGUCGGUGGAGGACACCAUCUACCUGGUGGGGGGCUACACGCGCGAGCCGGAGCACGCCGGCGAGACGGAGGACGCUCUGACCGUGCAGUCGUACAACGUGACCACCGGCGAGUGGCUGCGCCUGAAGGAAAAGGCGUCCAAGUCGGGCUUGAACCUGACGUGCGCGCUGCACAACGAAGGCAUUUACAUCAUGAGCCGCGACGUGGGCUUGAGCACCAGCGCCGCGCAUCGCGUCUUCCUCAAAUACGACAUUUUCUCCGACGCUUGGGACUCUUUUAGGCUCCUGCGUUCUUUUGGACACAACAUGCUGCUCUGCUCGCUUUAUUUCCCCAAUGUGCUCUGAUAGAAGACUGCCGGGCGAGUUCUUAGGCUUAACUGAGCAGGCCGACACUUUGUACUUCACACUCACUCCAGCUUUUGCUAACUUUUGUUAUGUUUCGAACACCCAAUACUUAAACUGUGGAUGAAUAUAAGGCCAAAAUGGUCACAACUGUAAUAAUGGUCAAUAACUCAAAUACUGCCCAUAUUCACUAUCAUCCUUAAAAAGAAUUUCCAUGAUGGGGGAAAAAAAAACAUUUGAUCGCAUGUGCCUUCCUCAUAAUGAACCUGAACCCACAAAAAGCACUAUAUGUCCAAAACUACUGUUUUUUGUUUAUUAAUUUUUGUCUAGAAACCAAGGUGCUCUUCAUUCCUCAGAAUUUUGGGGUAAAUGCUUCAAAAUGUCUGAUUUGAGCUUUGAAGUCUGCUUGUUCAUCAUAAAAAUACUUAGACGCACUAACAAUAAUAAUUUGCAACCUGCUCUUUGGAAAGUAAGGAAUAUUUGAUUUGAAAUAAACUCAUUGGCCGCCAUUGCUGAUGGACAGCUAUUCAGAAGUUGACCCCUGAAAGAUGAAUUGACCAUUUUCAGUCAAAAAAUGAGCAAUUAUAUAUUUUCCCCCCAUAUUUUAAUAAUUGUAUAUAAAACCAAAUGGAUUGGACAUCAAUCGCCGUCAAUGGCACUGACAUGUGACACUUGAGCUUGAAAAAAGUCAUUGCGAAAUCUGCUUGUAAUGUGGCCAGUUAGCCAACAGAGGGUGACAAAUACCACCAAUGAAUCCAAUUGAAUGUAACCUUCUCAAGGACUCAAGAAUUCAUCAAAAAAUCACACUGAUGUCAUCUAAAAAAGCAUCCGAGUGUCAACACAGACAUUUAACCGGAAAAGAAAUCGGCGUGACAGGUUUGAACGAUCGACGCGCCGGGGCUGCGUGAGGUCGCGCACGCCUCCGCGCCGGGGCUCAUCGACGGGCGUCCGCCAGUGAACCAACGCGGGAUCUCGGUCGGCGUCUGACCGGAGGAGG